AUGACGUGCUCGGCCGGCACGAUGUCCGCGGCGCGCGCGGCCGCCAGCACGCCCGCUCGCGCCACCAGCCUCCACCGCGCCGCCGCAGCGCGCGCGUCUCCCGCGGCGCGCGCCCCCGCGCCCGCGCCCGCCUCUACAACCUCCCACUGCGGCCUGGCAGGGGCGCGGCCUGCCCCGCGGCGCGCGGCGCGAGGCGGCCCCGCGAACGCGGCUGCUGUGUCCUGGGACGUGGACGUGAACGUGGACCCGAAGGGCCCGAACACGCGCGAGCUGUUCGCGAGCAUCACGAUUGCGGCCCCACCCGACCUCAUCUGGGACUGCCUGACCGACUACGAGAACCUCGCGGACUUCAUCCCCUCGCUCGAGACCAACAAGCUCAUGGAGCGCUUCCCGGGAGGCUGCAAACUGUACCAGGUGGGCGCACAGGACGUCGCCCUCGGCGCUAAGUUCCGUGCCAAGGCUCUGGUGGAGUGCCGCGAGUACCCCGCGGGCCUGCGCGGCGACGGCGCGCGCCUGGGGUUCCCGCAGCCGCGCGGCACCGUGUGGGGGCGCAAGUCGAGCGACAUCACGUUCAAGAUGAUCGAGGGGGACUUCCGCGUCUUCAAGGGCAUGUGGAACAUCCAGAACGGGCGCAUGCCGGGCACCUCGCGGCUCAGCUACGCCGUGACCGUCACGCCGCAGCUCUGGCUCCCGGUCGCGCUCGUGCAGGGGCGCAUCGCCGGGGAGAUCGAGGCGAACCUCAAGGCCGUGCGCAGCCACGCCGAGCGCCUCCAGACCGUCCGGUCGACCUAG